AUGGCUGAUGCACCUGCCGGUGGCUCAAGAGGAGUAGUCAGGAAACGUCCCUCUAGUAAUAGUACAAGACCAGUAUCACGCGCCGGCAACUCUUCAAGCAUGUUGAAAAUGUACACCGACGAUGCACCUGGUCUCAAAGUGUAA